UUAUAUAUUUGUCCAUUAACGAUUGAAUUUAAACUUUCCAGAUAUUGUGUAUAUUGCUUAAGUGUUGUUUAUUUAAACAUCAGAAUGUCGGCAAAUCCUGAAUAUGCUGCAUUUUUUAGCUCAAUGGGAGCAGCGUCUGCCAUGGUAUUUAGUGCCAUCGGAGCAGCGUACGGAACUGCAAAGUCCGGCACAGGGAUUGCCGCAAUGAGUGUGAUGCGACCUGAACUUAUUAUGAAGUCUGUUGUUCCAGUUGUCAUGGCUGGUAUUGUUGCCAUUUACGGUGUUGUCAUUGCAGUUUUGAUCUCACAAAAAAUGAAAGCAACAAUGACAUUAUUUGCUGCAUUCCUCCACCUUGGUGCUGGUUUAAGUGUCGGGUUAUCAGGUUUAGCUGCAGGUGUUGCAAUUGGUAUUGUUGGUGAUUCUGGUGUGAGAGGAACUGCACAGCAACCAAAACUCUUUGUUGGUAUGAUUCUCAUUCUAAUUUUUGCUGAGGUCUUGGGUUUGUAUGGAUUAAUUACAGCUCUUGUACUUGUUGUCAAAGGAGGUUAAAUUUAUCAAUUCAUAUUCGUUGUACAGCCCCCAUAAGAUCGUUCAAUCAGACAUGAAAAUCUAAUAUAUAAUUUCUAUCUGCUGCACCACCUAGUAAAUCAAUGACAAUUGGCUGUACAAACAAUUUGCUCUUGCACUUUUUGUGAUAAAUUUGGCAUUGAACAAAUUUGUUUGAAAUUUAAUUUAUUGGACUGUUCACUUUAGACUUUUUCAACUUUAUAUUGCUUUAACUUUUAAAGCAAACUGGGGGUUGGUUAUAUGCAAUGCUGUACCUCAGUGGCAUUUCAUGUGAAAAAAUUGUCAAGUUUAUUGUUGUGUACUCCUAUUAUUACUACUGAGCAUGUCUAAAGUAAAAACUUGAUCCACAAGUUCGAUUAUAUCACAUUAGAGUGGUGAUGUGUUCAGCCAAAGUGUGCAAUCUUGUUAUCAUGGUUGUUCUGUUGUGUAGAUAUGUAUUCUUUUGCGUUAGUAUCACAUAUGAAAAAUAAAUUGUGUACUGGAUAAAAUACACCAUUGUGUCCACCAA